GUACCCAUGAGAUGUUUUGAGAAUUUUUAUACAAUUAUUUAUUUAAAUAAAAAUGGCCGCCGUAGAGAGCGGAGACGAGAGACUCAGUGAGGAGAAGAGUGAAGAUGCCAACCAGACUCAGAGCUCCAACGACAAGGACCCUAAGACACACAGCAAGCCAAAGAAGGUGAGGCGGGAGUGGAGGGAUAUGGAGAAGGAGAGGCUGGAGUCUUCAUCCUCCCCUCCUCAUCCUCCAGUCCAGCAGCCCAGUGCGCAGCUGGCUGAGGCGGGGCCCUCUGUGCCCAUGGUUACUGCAGCUGGCGAGGCCUCGUGUCUCUCUGAGUCCCCUGCUUCGCCCAAACAGAGGAGGUCCAUAAUCAGGGACCGAGGUCCUUUGUACGACGACCCCUCUCUGCCCCAGGGCUGGACACGUAAACUCAAACAACGCAAGUCUGGGCGGUCCGCCGGGAAGUUUGACGUCUACUUGAUGAACCCAGAGGGGAAAGCCUUCCGUUCCAAGGUGGAGCUGAUUGCCUUCUUCCAGAAGGUAGGAGACACCGCCGCCGACCCCAACGACUUCGACUUCACCGUGACAGGGCGUGGCAGUCCCUCCCGCCGCGAGAAGAGACCCCCAAAGAAACCCAAGGUGAUGAAACCGUCAGGGAGGGGCCGGGGUCGGCCGAAGGGGAGUGGGAAGUUACGCCCGGCCAUGGAGGGCGUGGCAAUGAAACGUGUGGUGGAGAAGAGUCCUGGGAGGCUCUUGGUCAAAAUGCCUUUCAGCGCAUCCAAGGCAUCUGAAGUGGCGGGGCAGCUGCCAUCGCAGGUCGUAGUCGCCAAGAUGCGCCCGGCACGGAAAAGGAAGGCGGAAACACAACCGCAGACUGCUCCGAAAAAGCGGGGGCGUAAGCCAGGGUUGGUGUCAGCGGCAGUUGGUGCGGCGGGUUCCAGUACUUCCUGCUACGCAGCGGCUGCUAUCCUCGCCGCAGAAGCCAAAAGGAAAGUUCAGAAGGAGUCUUGCACUAAGCCGGUGCAGCAGACCGCUCUACCCAUCAAGAAGCGCAAGACCAGAGAAACUGUUGAGGAGUCGAGAGACAUUCCAGCUAUAGCCGGGGCAGGGAUAGGGACAGGGAGUGCUGUGUUGGUGGCAACAGCAGAGAGGACAGACCAGGGACAGAAGGAUCAGGGACAGAAGGAUCAGGGACAGAAGCUGCCAAAGAGUCCAGGGAGGAAGCACAAGGACAGUCCUAUGACUGCCGGGCUGACCGCAGAGGACAGUGGUGGGGCCAGCGUUUGGUCCAGUAGUGGGGCCAGUAGAGGCGGCAGCAGCAGUAGCGUCACUACCCCAAAGAGUCACAGCCACAAGAGAAAAGAGCGUACGCCGCACAAACACCUUCAUCACCACCACCACCACCACCGUCGCCACAGUCACUCCUCUGUAGUGGAGGAUCAUCCUCAACCCUCCCAGCGGCCCCCUCACCACCACCGUCGCCACAGUCACUCCUCUGUAAUGGAGGAUCCUCCUCCCCCACCCUUCCAGCGCCCCCCUCACCAUCACUUCCCCGGCUUGACUAUGAGCUUGGUCUCCCAUACGCCCAGGGCCUCGGUGGGGCCAGGGGCCCUCCUGCAGAAUGAGCCCCAGGACCUGAGCACCUCCAGGGGCUCCUGCCGGGCCAGCACCACCACGGCCAGAGGAAAGAGAGAGGAGGUCAGGGAGGUCAGACAGGACAGGUGGCCAAAGCCUCCGGCAGCUGCAGUGGUGGGAAUGGGUGACACCAGGGCCAACAAGCAUCAAGUGGACGUGGCAGCAGGGACGGUGGAAGGGAGGGAUUUGAGAGACAUUGUAUCCUGCUUAGUCGUCCCCAGACCUAGCCGGGAGGAGACGGUCUCAGUCAUACCCAGACCUAGCAGGGAGGAGAUGGUCUCAGUCGUACCCAGACCUAGCCGGGAGGAGACGGUCUCAGCCGUACCCAGACCUAGCCGGGAGGAGACGGUCUCAGUCGUACCCAGACCUAGCAGGGAGGAGACUGUCUCAGUCGUAGCCAGACCUAGCAGGGAGGAGACUGUCUCAGCCGUCCCCAGACCUAGCCGGGAGGAGACGGUCUCAGCCGUACCCAGACCUAGCCGGGAGGAGACGGUCUCAGCCGUCCCCAGACCUAGCAGGGAGGAGACGGUCUCAGCCGUACCCAGACCUAGCAGGGAGGAGACGGUCUCAGUCGUACCCAGACCUAGCAGGGAGGAGACGGGCGAGUCUCGGACGCCGAUCACUGGAAGGGUUAGUUGACUGCAUUGCAGGACCCAUGUCUGUAAGGAGAGAGGAGACGUUUAGUGCAGCAGUGGAUUUUAUAAGAAAACAACAAACAGAAAAUGUGUACAUAAAAACAAAAGGCAGCUGUUGGUUGAUGUUCUUUCUGUGGGAUGGGCUGUUUAUUGACAAACAAAUAACGCAGCUUAAUGAACAACCCACAACAGAUUGCUUCCUGAUGCAUUUGUACUUGUUUUUUUGGUUUUGUUUUUUUGUCAUUGUUUUGUUCUUUGUUUCUGCUUUAAACCUGUUAGUCAUCCACUGCGACCCAUGAGCCUUUGCUCAAAGCUUACAGGAUGUGGAGGACAUACACUUCCUGUACACAUCAUCAGCCGGGAACUGUGGAAUCCAUGGUUCAAGCUGUCAUUGUGAAAGUGGGACUGAAACAGGGUUGGAUUUGCCUAAAGCCCAGGCACAUGUCCUGUCUGGCCCUUUAUAAGUGACUUGUCAAUGUUGUUGUUCUGUGCUCUGUGGGUAGAGGGCUUGCAAUAUACAUAUGUCAUGCAAGCUUCCACUGCUUCUGUUGUAGCAUCCUCUUACUACCGCAGUACGCUCAGGAUGAGUCCAAAAUGGCACCCGAUUCCCCAUGCUAAUGCACAACUUAUAGGGUCCUGGUCAAACAGUGUGCACUGUGUAGGGAAUCGGGUGCCAUUUUGGAUGAAGCCUCGGUUUUCAGUCCACUCUCUACAGUCCAGGCCUAUUCAUUUAGGUGACAUAUGUUUUCCUCAACCUAUAUUAUGUCAAUGCGUCCCAAAUGGUACCCUAUUCCCUAUGUAGUGCACUACUUUAGACCAGGACCACUAAAAGUAGUGCACUACUUUAGACCAGGACCACUAAAAGUAGUGCACUACUUUAGACCAGGACCCCUAAAAGUAGUGCACUACUUUAGACCAGGGCCCCUAAAAGUAGUGCACUACUUUAGACCAGGACCACUAAAAGUAGUGCACUACUUUAGACCAGGACCACUAAAAGUAGUGCACUACUUUAGACCAGGACCACUAAAAGUAGUGCACUACUUUAGACCAGGACCACUAAAAGUAGUGCACUACUUUAGACCAGGACCCCUAAAAGUAGCGCACUAAUUUAGACCAGGACCCCUAAAAGUAGUGCACUACAUAAAGAAAAGGGUAUCAUUUGGGACUCACCCCGAAGCUUUGAAACUAAAACACUGUUGAUGCUGACAGAUAACUUCCUAUCUGAUGGUUGAGGUGAUGAAACCACAGGGUUUUAGAGGCCUAGAUACACCAAUGACGUGUGGUUUGAUGAACGUUUGGCUACUGAAAACAGGUUCCAUUUGAUUUCAAUGUAUUAGAAUUACAAUCCUACUGAUGCUUUUUGUCGUCGUUUACUUAUGUAAUGGAGGCUGACUGUACUCCCACAAAUAAACAGAAGCAAAUAAUAGCAAAUAAUCAUUAAAAUUGUAUUUAAAAAAAUAAUGUUUUACUAGUAAUGCAAAUUAGAUAGUACAUGAACAUUUGACCCAGUUUCUCCAAAAAUUGAACUCUUUCCCCACAGUCAGACAGGAAGCUAAAAGCACAACUGGACCCAGGCCUUAUUAUAGCCAAUGCUCCAUGAAUUCGUCACAUUUUUUGUUGUUGUCAAUACCUAAAGUAUCAAAAGUUUUCUAAUACUCAAAUUACAUCCCAAAGACAUUAUCAAUAACCAAACCCACUGGAGGAAGUUAUGUUGUUGUCUGUUGUGUGGGUGGGAAAAAAUGGUCAAUAAUUAAAAGGUAGACAGCAUCGUGGGCCAAUUUCCACUACAACUAGGAGCGUUGAAGCGCGAGGCUCAACUUCUCAACUGUUUUGGUCCCGUGAAACCAGUACACUUGUGCAGAUACUGUGUGAGAGCAAUACUUGCUCAUCUCAAUAUCUCCGCUACUGUUCGUGACAACGUCAUUUAGUCAACUCUACUUUAUUUUAUUUUUUAUGUAUUCAGUUCAGUUCUAAAAAUGUAUUUCAAAUAGAGGAUUGAUUAUUAAAUAUUCCAGUUUUGACCCAGCCA